AUGUUUUCACAGAUAUAUCUUUCUACAGCUUUCUUACUGCUGCUUUCAUUUACAAAUGCUUUACCAAUUUUCCAUAGAAAGCAAAUUGUCACCAGAAUACACACAGCAAGUACAACAAACACUGUCACAGAUGUUUAUUCUACAACUACAGAACUAAUAAUUGCACCAAUGGUGGAAUUCAUCAUUAGUGGUGAUGUUACGUUAACUACAACUUUAAUCCCAGAAGGCGCUAAUCCAACUGCUGAACCAACAACUACUAUUACAAAAAUUCUUAAAAAAUAUAUUACACUAGCAUCUCAAACCAAUACAUUGCCAACAAUGACUACUACCCCUUUGAAAGCAGCCGCUACGCCAUCUGCAUCUUCCAAUCAUCAACAUAAUUCAAACAAUGCACAGGUGUCGGCCCAAGUUACCAUAUCAAACGUAAAUGAAGUUACUACAGCAGACGUGCAAUCUACAGAAAUUAAAAACCAAAUAACUAUUACUUCUCAGUUAGAAAACAACCAGCAGAACAACCUCCAGCCUACAUCUACAACCCAAAGCCAACAACCUCAAACCACCACAACCCAGCAAACCACAUCUACUACAUCAACUAAUGCAGAAGAGCAAGUUCAACAACCAACUACUACUACAAGUACAACUCAAGAAAACCAGCAACCUGUAACAACUACUACUACUCAAGGUGACAUACAAACCACUGCUAAUUCUGCCUCUAAUGGUAAUUCAGGUUCUGCAUUGACUUCGGUUCCCAGAGCACUAGCUUAUUCGCCCUAUAAUGCAGAUGGAACUUGUAAGUCCGGUGAUGCCGUGUACUCAGAUUUACAAGCAAUGAAAGAAAAAGGUGUUUCAAAAAUUCGUGUUUACGGAACUGAUUGUAAUUCAUUUGAAACAAUUCAACCAGCUUGUAAUCAACUAGGAAUUAAAAUUAAUCAAGGUUUAUGGAUCAGCUCAGAAGGUGUCGACUCUAUCGACUCUGCUGUACAAAUGCUAAUCACAUACGGUCAAACUAACGGCUGGGAUGUCUUUGACUUCAUUACUGUCGGAAAUGAGGCUAUCAUAUCAGGCUAUUGUUCGGUUUCUGAGCUAAUCGCAAAAAUUUCAUCCGUCAAGGUCCAAUUGAUGGCCGCAGGUUAUACAGGUCAAAUUACUACUAGUGAACCACCAGUAACAUUCGAAAACAAUCCUGAAUUAUGUACUACUUCUGAAAUUGAUUUCGUUGGUAUUAACCCACAUUCUUAUUUUGAUGUCAAUUCCAAUGCUGAAAGUGCUGGUUCAUUUGUUAAAGGUCAACUCGAACUUAUACAAACAACAUGUGGAACUUCAAAUGUUGUCAUUACCGAAACAGGUUAUCCAUCUCAAGGUAUUCAAAAUGGUGGUAAUAUUCCAUCUGUUGAAAAUCAAAUUAUUGCUGUUCAAAAAAUAUUGGAUGAAAUGAACCAAGAUGUCACAAUUUUAACAUAUAUUAAUGAUUAUUGGAAAGCAGCCGGACCAUAUGGUAUUGAGCAAUCAUUCGGUAUUUCCGACAUAUUACCGUAA